AGGAUGGAACUGAAAGGAGGAAAUACACUGACUAAUGCACCAGAGUGAGAUUGAUUCCUGCAUUGUGAUCUUUACAUACCUGGACCAUGCAUUUGCUCCUUGGUUUCAUGCUUUAAGAACCCGUGCAGAGAUUGUGAAGCUGUUGGGAAGCCAUGGCAUUCUUUACUCCAUGGAAACUAUCUUCUCAGAAACUUGGCUUUUUUCUGGUGACUUUUGGCUUUAUUUGGGGAAUGAUGCUUCUGCAUUUUACUAUUCAGCAGCGAACUCAGCAUGAAAGCAGUUCAGUGCUUCGUGAGCAGAUAUUGGAUCUCAGCAAAAGAUAUAUCAAAGCAUUGGCAGAAGAAAAUAGAAAUGUGGUUGAUGGGCCUUAUGUUGGGACAAUGACAGCAUAUGAUCUAAAGAAAACUCUUGCAGUCUUAUUGGAUAAUAUCUUGGAGCGUAUUGGCAAGCUAGAGUCCAAGGUGGAGAACCUUGUAAUUAAUGGCACAGGAGCAAACUCUACCAACAGUACCACCACUGCUGCUCCCAGCUUAGGAGCAGUUGAAAAGCUCAAUGUAGCAGAUCUCAUUAAUGGAGCCCAGGAACAGUGUGAAUUGCCUCCUAUGGAUGGCUUCCCUCACUGCGAGGGCAAAAUAAAGUGGAUGAAAGAUAUGUGGCGAUCGGAUCCAUGUUAUGCAAGUUACGGUGUGGAUGGGUCGACAUGCUCCUUUUUUAUUUACCUCAGUGAGGUUGAAAACUGGUGUCCUCAUUUACCUUGGAGAGCAAAAAAUCCUGAUGAAGAAACUGAUCAAAAAGCGAUGGCUGAAAUUCAUACCAACUUUGAUCUCCUCUACAAAAUGAUGUCAAGGCAUGAAGAAUUCCGAUGGAUGAUGUUGCGCAUCAGACGAAUGGCUGAUGCUUGGAUUAAAGCAAUUAAGUCACUUGCAGAAAAGCAAAACCUGGAGAAAAGAAAACGAAAAAAAAUCCUUGUUCAUUUGGGACUUUUAACAAAGGAAUCUGGAUUCAAGAUUGCAGAGAAUGCGUUUAGUGGUGGCCCACUUGGUGAAUUAGUCCAAUGGAGUGAUUUAAUUACAUCUCUCUACUUACUGGGCCAUGACAUUAGGAUAUCAUCUUCACUGGCAGAGCUCAAGGAGAUUAUGAAGAAGGUUGUAGGUAACAGAUCUGGCUGCCCUACUCAGGGAGAUAAAGUGGUAGAACUCAUUUACAUUGAUAUUGUGGGACUUACUCAGUUUAAGAAAACGCUUGGUCCAUCAUGGGUUCAUUACCAGUGUAUGUUACGAGUACUGGAUUCGUUUGGGACUGAACCUGAGUUUAAUCAUGCUCAUUAUGCCCAGUCUAAAGGCCACAAGACGCCAUGGGGGAAAUGGAACCUUAAUCCACAGCAGUUUUAUACAAUGUUCCCUCACACUCCAGAUAACAGCUUCCUUGGGUUUGUGGUGGAGCAGCAUCUGAAUUCCAGUGACGUUAACACCAUUAAUGACAUCAAAAGGCAGAAUCAGUCACUUGUUUAUGGCAAAGUAGAUAACUUCUGGAAGGAUAAGAAGGCUUAUUUGGACAUCAUUCAUACCUACAUGGAAGUCCAUGGAACUGUCCACGGGACAAGUACUGUCCAUAUGCCCAGCUACGUGAAAAACCAUGGCAUCCUUAGUGGGCGAGAUUUGCAGUUUCUGCUGAGAGAAACAAAAUUGUUUGUUGGACUUGGAUUUCCAUAUGAAGGGCCUGCUCCCCUAGAGGCUAUUGCUAAUGGAUGUGCUUUUCUAAAUCUAAAAUUUAACCCACCGAAAAGCAGCAAAAAUACAGACUUUUUCAAAGGCAAGCCAACACUCCGAGAGUUGACAUCUCAGCAUCCCUAUGCUGAGGUUUACAUUGGGAAGCCUCAUGUCUGGACUGUGAACAUCAAUGAUCCUUCUGAGGUCGAGAAUGCAGUGAAAGCAAUUUUGAAUCAAAAGAUUGAACCUUAUUUGCCCUAUGAGUUUACAUGUGAGGGGAUGCUACAAAGGAUGAAUGCAUUCAUUGAAAAGCAGGAUUUCUGUCACGGGCAAGUGAUGUGGCCCCCGUUAAGUGCACUGCAGGUAAAAAUUACUGAACCCGGAAAAUCAUGUAAACAAGUUUGUCAGGAAAACCAGCUCAUCUGUGAGCCAUCCUUCUUCCAGCACCUUAACAAAGACAAGGAUCUGCUGAAAUAUAACGUGGAAUGCCAGACUCUUGAAUCUGCAAAUGAUAUCGUGGUCCCAUCUUUUGAUGAAAGCAGGAAACACUGCAUUUUUCAGGGCGAUCUUUUGCUGUUCAGCUGUGCAGGAUCCCAUCCAAACCACAAACGAAUCUGCCCCUGCAGAGACUACAAUAAGGGACAGGUUGCACUUUGUAAAGAUUGUCUAUAGCAGCAGCAGCAGCACCUUGCUUUAGUUUGCGGACAAACAAAAUGGUUUUGAGAGAACUACUUAUACUUCCUGCACUUUUGUCCAGUUGUCUUGCUGCAGGCCGAGCAAAUGCUGCCAAGCGGAAUUCUCUGAGAAGAGGGAUUCAUAACGAACAUCGAAAUGAUUUUUAUUUUUUUUCUAAGUGAACACUUGCAGUGGAGCUCUUUGAAAUCUUCCACCUACUCAAGGAGAAGAGAAAUGAUGUUCCAUGCUUUGUAACAAUUUGGAGAUCAUGGCGAAGAACAGUUUGUAGAAAAUUCCCAGACCCAUCAAACUUUUUGUUGUUUUUUGGAAGAAACAAGUGUUUUCUAUUUUUUUAACAAAUUAAAACAUCCCAUCAUCAUCAGCUAAGAAUAUGAACAUCAUUCCAGUACAAAAUUGGGGAAAAAAUGCACUGGGGGGGGGGGAGAUGACUACAUUUAUUAUUGGGGCACUAUUUUGGGUGCUGCUGUAGCUUGAAUGGCUAUAAAAUGGUGCAUUUCACAAGAACUUGGUAACACAAAUAACAAUACAUAGCUGCCUGCUCCCAGUCCUUUUUUAAAUCCUCACAUACUACAAGGUACCGUCUGCAUCACAACUACUGUACCGGAGCACUCUAAACAGGAAGCUCUGGGAAUGUGAGGAUCAGUGGCUGCCAGAGUGUGACACAUCCUGUUGUUGCUUGAGUACUGAUUAUGAUUGUGGCAUACUCUGGUGUGGAACAGCCAUGGAAGCAUACGACCAUUUUAAAAUGGACUUGUUGUCGUCAGUUUACCGGGUCUGUUUAGAGAGUGAUCCUUGGAAUUUGCCCAUGCUUCUGUUCUGUUGAAUGUCUGCCUAUUCAACAUACUGUGUGAAGCAAAAAGUAUUCCGCAUCAUUUGAGCAAUAUUAUUUGAUCCUCCGUUUGCUAUACCUUACAGUAGUUAAAGCAUUACUGCAAGAUGGAGAAAGGAUCAAAACUAACUAUAAAUUAUUGUAUCAUAGGAAUGUAAACAGUCUUCAUAACAAGCUCUGUUUUUAAAGAGGAAGAUAUUUUAAAGAGCAAUUAUGAGAGAAGGAAAACUUCUUAGGAAAAAUAUUGUUGAUUGCUUUUCUGGAUUCUUUCUUUUUUUUAAAUAGGCGGGCCAGUGAUGCAUUUAAAAACUACAGUUAAUUACCUACCAAGAGUUUGAAUUGAAAUUCAGUCUUGUUUAGAACAGUGAACUAAAUCUUUUUAAAUAGUAACAUAUCUUUUUAUUUUUUUUUAUAAAGAGUAAAUUUCUAUUUUGUUGCAGCACAAGCUGACGUUUGAAAGCACUGUUCAUGGCUGGGAAAAGUUAUGUUAAAUUAGAGGGAAAUGAAUUGCUUAGUCUGCAGUAGGAUUUGAAAAAGACCGUAGUUGCAGUUUUAAAACUUGGGUAUUUCCCUGUCAUAACUGAAAAACCUCAAUUUGAUUUUUUUCUCCCCUUUCUUUGUGAAGAUUUAACAAGCACUACCUAGUCUCUCCAUUAAUGAAAGUAUAGGCACUUUAAAAUUUUUCUCUAGAAUAUAUCAGGUUCACUCAUUUUUUAUACCCAUCAUUCAUUAUCUGUGUGAGAGUACUGAAGUCUCUCAUGACCUACCAAAGACCAAAUAAGGGAAACAUGACUGAAACUGUCAAAUUAUCCAGAGAAGUUAACAGAGAAGUAAAAGUUCAGUUUCCAACUUGAGUGUAAUUUCAAGUAUGUUUAAAUUCCCUAAUUCAACACUCCUAUUUCAUUGUUACACAAUGUAACAAGUACUGCAGACUAGAUAGAAAUUGGUGUCUAAAUGAUAGAGUGUCCAGAAAGUAUAUAUGGCAGGUGCCUGUGCAGCAGUGUUUAUCAAUAAUAACUGGGAUGUAAUGAUAGUAAAGCUUCUGUAAUUGCAAUAAUUCUACAAAAAUAGAACAUAACUGGUUACUUAUUAGGCAUAGUUUUGUAUGAAAAGAAAUUGAGCAGUUGUUGGGAGUGUCGCAGGCAUUCCCUCAGUCAGCAUGGAUGCUGUUUGCAUUGGCUUUUAAUAUCCAGGGAACUCUGAUUCUUGGCUUUUUUUAGGAUUAGAAUCUGAGGUGCCUCAACAGUUCAUUUUAGGUGUUCUCCAUAUUCCUGUACAUAUGAUACAAGUACAGCCAGAAGAAUCCCAGGCUUUAAAGAAAAUAUGCGCACCAAUUUGGGCCUUAUAUCUGGCAUUAACUUAUUGGUUACAACAGAAUCUGCCUUUCUGUGAUGCAACCUGAGUUUUGGUAAUGAGAAAUAUAAUAAGUUAGAUGGAACAUCACAUCAUACAUUGGCAAUAAAGACUUGUGUGUGCGUGCUUAAAUAAUCCAAAGCACCAUUGCCUACUGUAAUAUAACAAUUAGAAAACAUUUGCUGUUUUAAAAAAAAAAAAGGCGCUAAGCUGUAAAUACACUCUUGUUUCUUACCAUUGUAUGGAACACAUUGCAUAAUACAAUUUGCUUUGCCUCUAAAAACUGAGGAUAGAGGAUUUCUGCUAGUUUGUUGAUACUGCCAUCUCUGAUGCACUGUAUUGUUCAGUAAUAUAGUGCUGUCAGUGCAGUCUUAACCACAGCAGGGGGAGCUAUGGUCUCUGUAGUAUUUGUUUAUUUCUGAGCUACUGAAUUUUGUUACUGUAUAUUGGAGAAAGGGAGGAGGAGGAGAGAGAACCAUUAAGCUCCUUCCAGCAGCAGAAAUCAAUGAUUUUUUUUGGUGGGAGGAAGGGGGGAUAAUCAGUAGGGCUACAUCCUACUCCCACAGAGAAUUUUGGGAAUUUUGCUGUUCCCUUCAAAAGUCCUGCCCAAUAUGAGACAUUUUCCAAGGACUUUGUUUUGUUAUUGUUGUGUCUAAACCUUGAAGAUGCUGAGCUCUCUCUUCAAAAGGAAAAGUACUCUUACAAUGUGCAGCUUCAGUUUUAUUUUCUGAAAGAGAGAAGCAUGUUAGAUCAUGGGAGAUAACUUUCUGCAUAUGGAUAUUCUUUGUUUUCAAAUUCUGCUUUGCUUGCCUUGAAGACUUAUUGGAUAGAAAAAAACUGAAGUUGCUAUCAACAUUUAGUUUUGUUUUUUUUCCUGUGGUAAUAGUCUUUAAAUGUAUAAGCAUGUGGGUUCUUGUACAACGGAACACUCCAUUUUGCAAGUAAGCACUCAGGCAGAUGCAUAGGGUAUUAUUUUAGAAAUUACGAAUCAUUCACUAAAAUUGUUGAACUAGAUUGUUGCCCAUUUUUUCUAAAAUGUGGACACCAUCUUCUGUCAUAAACUCCACAAUUAAGCUGAGUCUUUCCCCUCUUACUUAAAUAAUGUAUUGUCCACAUACUGCACUUGAAUGAUGGCUUUGUGGAAGAAUGAUUGGUUAUAAGAUGAGAUUGCAUUAAUGUAUGUAUUUUACUUUAUUACUGAAACUCGCACUUCCUUUUUCAGACUUCAGGUUUUUGCAAGAAUUAAUUUUGGAUACCCUGACCUGUAAUUGAUGGAAAUCAGGUGUGUCAAAACUGAACUAUAACAAUCAUAUUAUAAGCUCAUAAACAUAUCCGUCAUAAAUCAAAAAAUUCUUUUGUUUUAAACUUUUGUAUUUUUGGUAUGUGACCUGAUUUUUGAAAAAUCUUAUUCCUAUGAGAUUAGAAAACUUGAGAAAAUAAUUUACAUAAUUUAUUAAAGUUAACAUAAAAGGCUUUCCUUUGAAAGGUAAAGUUGGUAAAUAUACACUGUUUAAAAAUGCCAAUAAAAACCUCAUUUAUUUCAUAUAUGCAAGUUGAUUUGCACAUGUAUAACUAGAUAAGCUUUUUGCAUAUUUGGCUUAGUUUUCUUUGUGGUUGUGUGUCUUUUGUUUCUUUGUAAUUUAUUAGUUACAAUUAUAUGUUUUGCUUAAUGUCAGAUUAAGUUACUUCUGCAAAUAUUUAAUGUUUAUGUGCCUUUAUUUUUGGAUGGAUGUUUGGAAUGUGGGUACUGUGUGAACAAGUAUAAUGGAACGCUGAUUUUAGGGUUUAAAAAAGGCCUUGUUGCUAUAUAAAUACUAAGUGUGACUUCUAAAAUGUUUUUUUAAAUAGCUGAGAAAAGUUGUCUAGAAAUAUGAAGAAAAAGACAUAACUGGUUCUUUGCAAAGAAUCGCCAUUGUAAAUGUAAUAUCCUUUGUUGAAUGUGUGUGGUCUGAUGGGAAGAUAGUGCAUUGGAAUGCAAUAUUUAAAUAUAGCUCUGUUGUUUAAUGACCUUGGAGCUUAAUAGAUCUACAAUGCCCCACAAGAAGACAGUGAAGAGCUGGAAGUAGCUAUUAAAAUUGCCAAACAUGAGUUUAAAGAAAUGGGAGAGACACAUUAAAGAUUGUGAAGUACUCAGAUAUUUCAGUAGUGGGGAUAUAUAAGACUUACAUGAGUCUGGAUGCCUGAAAAUGUUUUAUUCAUUUGCUGGCACUACUAGCCAGAAUACAAUUGUUUGUUUUUCAUGAGUAUCUGACUUUAUGCAAUUAGAGUCCAUAAUUGAGAGGGAACUCAGGGUACUCAGCACCUGGCAGGCUCUUGGCAAAUUAGAAAUGUUUCUUUCCUGGAGGAAAAGGAGAUUUUGAAUAGCUUAUGAUCAAAUUUCAGUGUAGCAAGAUCUAGUGGACUAACCUUGGAAACGGGGGCCAGGAACUCCUAGGUUCCAAUUGCAGCUCCAUCACUGAUUUCUGCAUCAUUUUGUAAGUCAUUUAUUGCCUGAUUUUUUUUUUUUUCCUCAGAGGUACUUAGCCCCCACAGCUUCCAUUGACUUCAAAUGGAAAAUGAGGUCAUUAACCUGUGUUUCUUUUUCCUCUGUACAAUACAGCUUCUAAUACCUAUUGUGCUUGCAUACCUCAGCCUGGUGGUGUGAGGAUUUUAGCUUGUACUCCACUUUGAAAAUGCACAAUAGAGUGCAACAUAACUGCUGGUGUGCCCUGCCCCUUUAUAUGGCUCACUUACCCAAGUUACAUAGAUGAUUUGGAAGCUUAGGGUUGCGUUUUUACUAUAUACGAAUCCAAAUUGCUUUCUCAAGUAUGUCUGGCUCACAGUGCAUUUAGGGCCAGAUUCUGUUCCCAUCAACGUCAGUGGUGGAAUGGACUUGAAAGGAGGCUGGAUCAGAUUCUGGUAGCUUUUGCAUCCACCACCUCCAUUCUGUUUUCUUCAAAUUAAGAAAGGAGCUACUCCCGUUAAUAAACAGGAGGCACAGUUUGAUGAACGGGAUUAACAGUUUGAUUCAAAUGGGAUAAAGGUUUCACAUUUUAACUUACUUUUAUCAAUGAUAGGCUCUCUUGUGCAUCUGUCAGUCAUAAAUGGUUCUGAAUUGUUCACUGCUGUGAUGUAUCUUUCUGCCAUGAUGCUUCGUUUAUUUAAAAGUGUAUAUAAUUUAAUAUUUUAAAUAGGUUGAAGUUUUGUUUAAAUAUCCAUUCACCGGGGGGGGGGGGUGUUUCAGUUUCUAAAGAAAAACACAGAUGACAGAUUCCUAUUAUGACAAUCUUCAGUGGGAAGUGAGUGAUUAGUUGUUGCUGUAGCUCUGAUUUUAUUCAGAUGUACUUCGUUUUGUUGGCAUGGUCACAAAUAUUGGCCUGGCUUUGUGAUAUUUGGGCCACAGCCACUUCACUUUUAUCUCUUCAUUAGCAGAGCUACAUCCACUUCUAGUUCUCCUUUGUCCCACUGUCUUCAGGGCGGAUCCAAUCAAUGAGAUUUUCAAUUGGCAUCAGUCUGCUUGGAACAAGAACAGGGAAGGCUUAGGAGGCCUCUAAAUAAAUAUAUUGCUGUUGCUGUAAAUCCAACCUUUCAAUAUAUUGCUUUAAAAUCUAUUAUUGAAACAAAUCUUUUCCUUCAUAUUUUUAAACUGCUUUAUAGAAAAAUGUUUUUUCAAUUUGUUUGAAACUUUUCAGUAUAAUGCUAUCUAAUAGAAUAAGAACGUGUCCACAAGAUCAGCAAACUGAUUCCUGACCACGAGUGCAGACUAUAGGAGAUGUAUUGCAAAUGCAAAUGGCUGAAGCUUGGCUGUCUCCCGUUGAGUUAUCAAUCCUAUCCUUGUUCACAGAGCUAAAUGUCUGAACACAGUUCAGCUACCACAAACCUCUUAUUUAUACUUGUACAUGGCUUAAUUUUAAUUUAUCCUCUUAUGUUAAUACUCUUAAAACAACAGCAAUACUAUUUUGAGUCAGCAGACCCACUCUAACCCUUCAAGAACUCAACGUUAAUUUAACUAAUGUAACAUUGUCAAAUAGUUAAGACCAAGUAUUUGCUCUGCUUUAUACCCUAAUAAAAUAAGAAUAACCUUGACAUUCCAAACACAGAACCUGUUUUAAAAAUCCACUUGCUAUAAAAUCUGUAAUGGCCUUCCAUCUGCUGUCUGCAGGAGAGAUGAAUACUAGCUGUGGUCUAGACUGACAGUGUGUCCAACAGCACUAACCUGGACUACUCAUGUGAGUAAAGCUACUUAUGUGCACAAGUUCUUUAGGAUCAUAAGGGUACAUGUUGCGGCAUUGCAAUAUGAUGAACCCCUCCCUGUUCCUACUGAAGUUAAUGACAAUGUGUCCAUUGACUUCUGUGAGAGGAGACAUUUGCAUCGCACUGAAAGUUCUGACCGUCUGGUGUCACCGUUAGAAAGCAUGGAGCCAAAUCCACUCCAACCUUCCCCUGGCCAUGCAGUAAGGGUUCAGUGUUUCAAGGUGCUGGACACUGGCCCUGAUCUAACAAAGCAAUGGCUUAGCUUUAAGUAAGUGAAUAUCCUCACUGAGUCGAUUGAGCCUACCCCAUUUGCUUAAAGCUGAAGACAUUAAAUGCUCUGCUAGAUCAGGAGAGAAUGUGCAGUACUUUGAGUGAUCAAGCCUCAUAAGAGCACAAAACACACAGGGCCAAAUUCAUCCCUGCUGCCACUAUGUUAGCUUCAGUAGGGUUAUACCAAGAAUGAAUUUGCUGCAUUCAUUAACAAAUUUUUUGCUGUAAUCAUUGAUGCUGGAGACCAUAAAAGAAAGUAACCUCCUUGGUUUGUUCUCUCUAAGAAAUACAGGGAGGAACAAGGAAAUGCAGUAUUUGCCAAGUGGAAAAGGAAAUUACUAGGGUCAGAAAUGUUACCUGAAAGAUUCUGAAGCUAUUCAAGAAAAGGUGGGUGGGCGAGUAAAAAGAUAAAUUUAAAUACUAUCAUUAAGUAUUUUGAGUUUUGAAGGGCCUAAUUCUGCUGUCUUUGUUCACAGAAAAUUUUGAAGUCAAUGGGAGAUUUGCAUGUACACAAGAACUUUAGGGUCAGGCUCACGUUAUAUGUUUUCAUUUUUAACUAUCUCUUGAAAUUUAGUUCUUUGCUUUUCUGAAUGGUUGUGUUCCACUAUGUUAGGUUCAAGCGGUUUGAUUCACAUAGUACAAGUUGCAAUGGCUGGUAACAUUUUGUCAAAUUAUUGAAAUUCACUAGGAUGCGAUUCUUUAAAAAUAUGUAAAUGUCUGAAUGUGUAUUUUAAUGGCAUAGAACUACACUUUGAUUUUGCUGUUGUAGAGAGAACUAAGGAGAACUUUAUUUUUCAAUAAACUUUUUCUUGUGUGAUUUGGA